AGCAGCACAGAUUCUGUCUAACGGAGAAGCACGGAAAGGGAAACGGGCGACAAACAUGAGUCUCAAUCGCCCUUGUGAAGGUUUCCACCUAGAACGAAUAAAAAUUCUCCCCCAAUUCUGAGAAGGAUUUGACAAAGAGGACUUUUAAUGUGAGAAAGGGAGCGAAAGGGAGCGAAAGCAAGCGGCAGAAGAGGCGCCUCCAGAAGCGAUCAGAGGCGUCUGACAGCGAGCUCAGGAACUUCACUGGAUUUGCUUUCUUUAUUUUACUUUCAGACGACUCUCAAGUUUUGGUUCAUUGCUGUUCGGACGUUGUUUGUGGUUUAACUUGAGUGUGUUUACCGCGAAGGCUGACUUUUUCCUGGAUCUAGUCAUGUUUUGGUAAACACAAGACACUGUCGGGGAUUGGAAGUAUAAUGCAGGCCGUCAGCGGCUUGUCCAGUGUGUCUCUUCAACACGGGUAGACAUUUGGCAUCUAACCCUACAUACUGGAUCUAAACUUUUGUCUCCCCAGCUUUAUCCAGAAGGGAAAGAGGUGUGCAGUUGAGGUGCAGUGUCCCGCUUGUAGUGGUACGUCACUUUGUUCCUGCAAACCGUCCGUCAGUGUGGAUAUCCACUGACGUUCUCUGGAACUUAACGUCUCUGUAAAAUCAACAGCGGACUGGUUUGUUUACACGUGUUUGUGCAACUGCUUGUUGUCACAGAAACAUCCUGUGUAGUGUGUGGGAAUUACAUUAUUAGCUGGCUUUUUUCAAAGGGCUCCUUUUCACCCUGGAAGAGGCCAGCCGCUUUCUGCCAUAAACCGGUGAAUUGGAGCUGAGUGACCGUGACACACACACACAGGCUUGGAGGAGCUCUGGCUGUUUAGGCUCUGUGGCAUUGCCAGUGGAGGGCUGUGUGUGUCACUGGAUUAAUCUGAGUGGUAACAUCACUCGACACUGCCCUACUCUGUCCACUGACGAGUCCCCCCAUAAAGCCCCAGUAAUUGGAGCUAUUUUUAGCAUAAGGGAUGGGGUAAAAGCAGGCAGCUGGAAACCCAACUCCCCUCCACCUCCUUCUCUUCCACCCCUUCUGUCACACUACCCCAGUCAGCCUACCUGGCAGUAUGCUGGGCGAGCCUGUUUAGCACAGACUUGAUUUACAGCCAGUUAAUGUUUUUUACAGGUAGUCUGGAAGAAUAACAAUUGGAUGAACUUAUUCUGCUGAAUAAUAAGAGAUUUGUUGGAACUAUACUGACCAUGGAGUCUUAUUAACCUGGGAAUACUAACUGUACUCUGUUCUACUGGUUAAGGCUGCAGUGGACACACAAACCCUCUACUGGAUUACUACUAAGAUGUCUGAAGAAGUAUUAGCUGUGUACUUUUGGCUAAACCUUCCCUGGAUUAAGUAAACCCAUCAUAAGCAAGUAAAGUCUAUGCCUUUACCCCUUGGACAUUUAGCUCAAACGCGUAAGCAGAGUAGCUGCUCAUUAACAUACUGUAAUAGAAGAAAGACCUACUUUUGACUGCUUAGAAUAUCAGUCACCAGCGAUCUGGGGAAGUACAAACCUCCAGCACACAGAAAGAAUGCAUGGAACUGCCGGAACCAACGAAACAAAAAGCUAACCUAAUUAACCAAAUAUUCUAUUCCCCCCACUCCCCAUACCCAGAGAGAUACAGAAUAUAUAUGUAGAAUGAGAAAUCUAUAUCUAUAGUGUAACUCCACAGAAGACAGAGAUUACAUUCUAUAUAUUUUUACUUCAGAGAGACAAGCUGCCUGUACACCAGUUGGUUGCCUUAGAAACCACAGUCACAAAAAAAAAAAAAAGAAACAAGCCAGGAAAGACGGUGCCUUUUGAUUGGUUGGUCGGUUUCCCACCAGUUCAAGAUUUAGUUGGAUGUAAACAGUUGAAGCGAACUCUGGGAUUGAAAACACAUUUAAUGACAGACUGAACCUCCACAAGCUCCACCCACGUGUCAGAGCAUUUUGAUUGACGGCAUUUCCCUGCUGGAUUGAACAAUUGCCAAGCAUUUCCAUGGUGAUCACGUCAUCAUCUGUGGAGGACAAGACCGUGCCCUCUUGCAGGAUGGUCCAAACAGAACCCUGGAUCACCUCUGCCCUGCUGCGCAAGAACAAGAGUGUAAGCAGCUCAGGAUGUCCGCCCACCUCCUCCUCCUCCUCCUCCUCCUCCUCCUCCUCCUCCACUGCCCAGGGCUUCUCCCUCGCUGAGCCAGCCAUGACCAGCCAGCACACACAUACACACCCCUCCUUCAGCUCCAUCCACUCCAUGGCCGAGCAGCAGCAGGUGCUGUCUGAUAUGACCAUACUCCAGCGGAGGAUCCCCCCUAGUUUCAGAGACCCUGCCAGUGCCCCUCUGAGGAAACUCUCUGUUGACCUCAUCAAAACUUACAAGCACAUCAAUGAGGUGUAUUAUACUAAGAAGAAGCGGCGGGCCCAGCAGGUCCCCCCAGAGGACAGCAGCACCAAGAAGGAGAGAAAAGUGUACAACGAUGGCUAUGACGACGACAACUAUGACUAUAUUGUCAAAAAUGGAGAAAAGUGGCUGGACCGCUAUGAGAUAGAUUCACUGAUCGGGAAGGGUUCCUUUGGACAGGUGGUGAAGGCCUACGACCACCACGAGCAGGAAUGGGUUGCCAUAAAGAUCAUUAAGAACAAGAAGGCAUUUCUAAACCAGGCACAGAUUGAACUACGCCUGCUGGAGCUCAUGAACAAGCAUGACACUGAGAUGAAAUAUUACAUAGUCCACCUGAAGCGUCACUUUAUGUUUAGGAAUCAUCUCUGUUUGGUGUUUGAGUUGUUGAGCUACAACCUGUACGAUUUGCUGAGGAACACCAACUUUAGAGGAGUCUCUCUCAACCUCACCAGGAAAUUUGCACAGCAGCUCUGUACAGCGUUAUUAUUCCUGGCCACUCCAGAGCUGUCAAUCAUCCACUGCGACCUGAAACCAGAGAACAUCCUGCUGUGUAACCCCAAGAGAUCUGCCAUCAAGAUAGUUGACUUUGGAUCCUCCUGCCAGCUUGGACAGAGGAUCUAUCAGUACAUCCAGAGCAGGUUUUACCGCUCUCCUGAGGUCCUGUUGGGAAUGCCAUAUGACCUGGCCAUCGACAUGUGGUCUCUGGGAUGCAUCCUGGUGGAGAUGCAUACAGGAGAGCCUCUCUUCAGUGGUUCCAAUGAGGUUGACCAGAUGAAUAAGAUUGUGGAGGUCCUGGGAGUCCCACCCAGCCACAUGCUGGAUGCAGCUCCUAAAGCCAGGAAGUACUUUGACAAGCUGUCAGAUGGCCUGUGGACAGUGAAGAAGAACAAGGACAUCAAGAAGGAGUAUAAGCCCCCAGCCACACGGCGUCUUCAUGAGAUUUUGGGUGUAGAGACUGGGGGCCCAGGGGGGAGAAGGGCAGGGGAGCCAGGACAUGCCCCUUGUGACUACCUGAAGUUUAAAGACCUGAUCCUGCGCAUGCUGGACUAUGACCCUAAAAGCCGUAUCACGCCAUUCUACGCCCUGCAGCACAAUUUCUUCAAGAAGACGACAGAUGAAGGAACCAACACCAGUUCAUCUACAUCCACCUCUCCUGCCAUGGACCACUCCCAUUCAACCUCCACCACUAGCUCUGUUUCUAGCUCUGGUGGCUCCAGUGGUUCUUCCAAUGACAACCGCAACUACCGAUACAGUAACCGCUACUACAACUCUGCUGUUACACAUUCAGACUAUGAGAUGACCAGCCCUCAGGCUCCCUCCCAGCAGCAGAUGAGGAUGUGGCCAGGCAGUGAUGGUGGAGGUGGGGGUCAGGACCCAGCAUACACCCAGUUGCUGCUCCACAAGCCGGCUGCCUCCCAACAACACCAGCGCCACUUCCUGGACCCGCCUCACCACCCACACCCAACCUACUCCCACCAUGGGAAUGGUGGGCGUGGCCUGCGGCAGGGCGGACAGACUGGCAUUGGUGGAGGGGGGGGCCAGCAGGGAUCCUCGCCCCAGAUGAGUGACAGCAUGGAUGUGGGCGUGUCCCUAGGGCUGCACCACCUGGGGGCAGUGUCUUCCAUGGAGGCCUCUCAAUUUGGCUCUGCCUCCCUGCCCCUUGCUCUGCCAAUCGGACUGUCUGCCUUCCGGACUCGGACGGCCCCCACCGCCCCAGGGCCACAAGCCCCGCCCCCUGAGGACUACUACCCUGCCUCCAACAACAAUAACCCCGCUGCAGGGGGCAGAGGGAGGCCAGACUCAGACGAGGGGCCAGCCAACUCUUGAUAAAACCUGAACCAUGCCCUAAAGCCAUACAAUUUUAACUACAACUACUACAACUACACACAUACAGCCAGAGUUCAGAGACAAAGAGGUGAACUUUGUGCUGAAGGAGACA